AUGUUUGGUCCGUCGAGCGCUCAGGCCACUUUCGGCCGCCUCUUCGGCGUAUUUCCUAUUGAAGUGGCAGCGGACGGUCACCGACCGUCAACUUUAGGAAAAGCGGCCAGCGGUCUGUGGACUUUCGCGGCACUGGCAGUCGCCGCCUUGGGACCCUUCGUCGUCAGGGCGACCUUCGAGGGCGCGCGACAUUUCUCAGGAGGAGUUUUGUGGGCGCUGCUGGUGGCCGUCGUCACCUCGGCGCUCGCUGUCGCCGCAAACAUCUUAUGGGCUCUGAAGAAUGCUGACCGCACUGCAAAUUUGUUCACGAAAGUUGGAGUUUUAAAACCACAAGUAAUUCCACCUAGCAAGGACCAGAGCCCUCGGUUGCAUCUGCUGGUUCUCUUUGACACGCUCAGAGCCGUGGGCGAAGCCCUUCGUCUGGCAGCCACUCUGCAGAUGCAAUUUUCUCCAGAGAAAGUUGCCUACUGGCUGCUCUUCUGCGUGAUCCACUUGGCUCCACUAGCCAUCGACAUGCAGAUAUGGGCACUGAGCUUGUUUCUCGAAAAGGGCUUUGGAUUCAUCAACGAUGGUCUUAAGAACGUCAUUGUUUCAGGUGGAGCGAGCAAGAAAAAUUCUGACUUAUUCUGGAAGCGGCUGCCUAUGGAGUCACGAGUGAGCGACCUUCGUCGUCUGCAUGCCGAUCUUCGCACCUUGGCUUCUGAGGUGAACGACCGCUACGGCCUUGACAUGCUGGUGACCAUCGUGAUGGGCAGACUGCUGGUCGUAUUGUUUCUCUACGCAAUGGUGGCUACUUUGCUGCGUGGCCAGUUGCCUUUGGCGCCACAAAACGCCCUUCUCGAGGCCCACCUUGCUCUUGGCGUUUUGGCUGCCUUUGCCAGGGUAUACGCUCUCUGCCACCGGUUUCAAAGGGUGGCGUCCGAGGCGGCCACGGCCCUCGACCAUCUCCAGCGCCUCAGCGUGGAAAAAUUUUUUGACCACAGAGUUUCUGAAGAGGUCCAUAUUUUCAGCAUGCAGGUGCAAAGCUGCCCGGUUCAAUUUACAGCGCUUGGAUUUUUCCCACUGGACAUCGCCCUAAUCUCUUCUAUAGUUGGAACUGUUAUGACCUAUUUGGUGAUUUUGAUUCAAUUCGAGUCAGGUGAUGGCGAAAAAACAUAAAAGUUUUAAUCAGAACAAAAAUGCGUCAAGGCACUAGAAUUGUCUUAUUGUACGAAGACUCGACUUGUGAGUUUUGACACAAUUUCAUAAAUUAUCACGGUUCAGUCAGUUGAUCACGAUGUUGGUGACGGUGACAUAAGUUUUUCCAAAGAUGCCGGUGUUUUUGGGCAUUCACUUGAAAGUACCUCACAACCAGUCUCAGUUAUCAAAACAUCAUCUUCAAUUCUAAUACCAAUGCCUCUAAAUUCCUCUGGUGAGCUUUUGUUUUCAGGUCGU